AUGGAUGAUCCUAUAGCCUCAACCUCCUCAACAUCAACAUCAACUUCUGCCUCAAAACAACAACAGCAGUAUCAAUAUCAUAACCCAAAGAAUAGCAGUAGCAGUAGCAAUAGUAGUAGCGGUUACAACAAUAAUAACAAUAAUAAUAAUAAUAAUAGUAAUAAUAAUAAUGUAAACAACCCACCUGGCUAUGCUGGUUGGGGCGCAAGGAGUGUAGACAUCUUUGAGAAGAUUGAACAGAUUGGUGAAGGUACCUUUGGUGCCGUGUAUAAAGCAAAGAACAAGAUGACAGAUGAGAUUGUAGCUCUGAAGCGAGUAUUGAUGGAGAAUGAAAGCGAAGGAUUCCCAAUCACUGCGAUAAGAGAGAUCAAGAUUCUAAAGGAAUUGAAUCAUAUGAAUGUGGUCAAGUUGAAGGAGAUAGCAGUGUCAAAGGCAUCACAAGCCAAUCAAGGCAAGGGCAGCGUGUAUAUGGUCUUUGAAUUCAUGGACCACGACCUGAAUGGUCUGAUGGACAGUCCAGCAUUCAAAUGUUUCAAGCCCGAUCAGAUCAAAUGCUAUCUAAAGCAGCUGCUCGAAGGUCUCGAGUACUGCCACCGCAACAACAUCCUACAUCGCGACAUCAAAGGCUCGAACCUAUUGCUCAACAAUGAAGGAAUAUUGAAGCUUGCAGCGACAAUCACAUUACGUCCGAGGCGUUGGACUUGCUGGACAGACUGUUGUGUCUGGAUCCAAAGCAGAGAAUAUCGGCCACGGAGGCACUUGACAGCGCAUACUUCUGGACCAAGCCACUGCCAUGUGAUCCAAGUCAGUAGGUAUCAAUGUAGUUGGUUGGACCUCAUGCUCAAUCCCAUUCUAACACGCACCAGUCUACCUAAAUAUCCAUCAUGUCAUGAGUAUAACACAAAGAAGAAGAGACAGAUGAUGCAUCAACAGCAGCAACAACAGCAACAAGGUCAUGGCUCCAACCCAAACGACCCAAACAAAAAGCAACGAGUCGACAACUAUCAUUCACAGGCGCCACCACCAAACUAUCAAUAUGGCUCCAAGCCAAUGCCACAGAGCGGUCCACCUCGUGGCCCACCUCAAUCAACGAUGCCCAACCCGUCGCACAGUGGCGGAGGUGGCAGCGGCAUGCCACGUCAGAGCUAUCCAUCGGCGCAUCAUCAACCUUCACAAACACAUUCGCGCAGCAGUUAUCUGCCUCAACAGCAGCCAAUGCAUCCUGGCGCUGGUGGUCAUCAUCAACCUCCUCCCCAAGGCCAACCACCCUACCGAUCACAUGGACAACAACCAUCCGGUGGCUACAGUGGCAGUGGUAGUGGUAGUGGUAAACCACCUGGUAGUGGUAGCAGUGGAAGCAGUGGUGACAGGAGA